GGGCAAGAGUGUCCAGCAGACAGUGGAGCUCCUCACCAGGAAAUUGGAGAUGCUCGGGGCAGAGAAACAAGGGACAUUUUGUGUGGACUGUGAGACUUACCACACAGCUGCCUCUACCCUGGGCAGCCAAGGCCCCAUUUGGGGAGCAACGAUCUUUUCCUUCUCCUGUUGAAGAGGAUUUUCCAUCAGUGGCAAAAGUUCACACGUGUGCGCUUGUCCAGGCGCCAAGAGUAACUUUUGCAAACGCUGCCUCGGGGAAACUCCAUGGUUCGCUGGCUGCCGCUGCACCGUAAAGAAAACAAAACCAAAAAGCAAGCAGGAGUGGAAAAGGCCUCUCUGGAGCGGUGAGACAAAUUAAAGGUAAUAGAGAAAAGGAAAACCCAGCCAAUGAUUAUGUGAUAAUAUGGAAGAAGAUGGGAAAAAACUGUUUAAUGGAACAAAACACUUUAACAUCAAGAAUGUUGGAGAUAAAAUCUAUUUGUAAAGAACCAGGGUUUCCCAAGGACAGGCACAUCCUGGCAAGUGAAGACUUGUGAUUAAGAGAGUGGCGACUGCUCUAAAACAUGGAUAGAUGCAAACAUGUAGGGCGGUUACGGCUCGCCCAGGACCACUCCAUCCUAAACCCUCAGAAGUGGUGCUGUCUGGAGUGCUCCACCACGGAGUCUGCGUGGGCCUGCCUCAAGUGUUCCCACGUGGCCUGCGGCCGCUACAUUGAAAACCAUGCACUGAAACACUUUGAAGAGACGGGACACCCGCUGGCCAUGGAGGUCCGGGAUCUCUACGUGUUCUGCUACGUGUGCAAGGAUUACGUGCUCAAUGACAACCCCGAGGGGGACCUGAAGCUGCUCAGAAGCUCCCUCCUGGCGGUGCAAGGCCAAAAGCAGGACCAGCCCGCGAGGCGUGGGCGGAUGCUACGGUCUACAGCUGCAGGCGAGGACGUGGUCCCACCGCAGCGCACUCCUCAGGGACAGCCACAGAUGCUCACCGCUCUGUGGUACAGGCGCCAGCGCUUGCUGGCCAAGACGCUGCGACUGUGGUUCGAGAAGAGCUCCAGGGGCCGAGCGCAGCUGGAGCAGCGGCGGCGGGAGGAGGCGCUGGAGCGCAAGAAAGAGGAGGCCCGGCGGCGGAGGCGCGAGGUCAAGCGGCGACUGCUGGAGGAGCUGGCCAGCGCGCCGCCGCGAAAGAGUGCGCGCCUGCUCCUGCACGCGCCCGGGCCUGUGGCCGUGCGCCCUGCUACCCUCGCUACCUCCCGGCGCGCGCCCGCGGCUACACUUAAGCCGCGCCGGCAGCCGGCGGUGGCCCCAGGUGUCACCGGCCUACGCAAUCUGGGCAACACCUGCUACAUGAACUCCAUCCUCCAGGUGCUUAGCCACCUUCAGAAAUUCCGGGAAUGCUUCCUGAACCUCGACCCUUCCACCUCUGAGCAUCUGUUUCCCCAAGCAACCAACGGGAAGGCUCAGCUCUCUGGUAGGCCAGCCAGCAGCUCUGCCGCAGAGUUAUCAGUAAAGAGCGACCCUGCCCAGGGAUACGAACCUCAAGGCUUCUGCUGGAACAGUGGAGCCUCGAUCAGCAAGAGCCUGGAGCUCAUUCAGAACAAGGAACCCAGUUCAAAGCACAUUUCCCUCUGCCACGAACUGCACACCCUCUUCCGAGUCAUGUGGUCUGGGAAGUGGGCACUGGUAUCGCCCUUUGCCAUGCUUCACUCAGUGUGGAGUCUCAUUCCCGCCUUCCGUGGCUACGACCAGCAGGACGCACAGGAAUUUCUCUGCGAACUGCUGCACAAGGUGCAGCAGGAACUUGAGUCUGAGGGCUCCACGCGCCGGAUCCUCAUCCCCUUCUCCCAGAGGAAGCUCACCAAACAGGUCUUAAAAGUGGUGAACACCAUAUUUCACGGGCAGCUGCUCAGUCAGGUUACAUGUGUAUCAUGCAAUUAUAAAUCCAAUACCAUUGAGCCCUUUUGGGAUCUGUCCCUGGAAUUCCCUGAACGCUACCACUGCAUAGAAAAGGGGUUUGUCCCUUUGAAUCAGACAGAGUGCCUGCUCACUGAGAUGCUGGCCAAGUUUACCGAGACAGAGGCCCUGGAGGGGAGAAUCUACGCUUGUGACCAGUGUAACAGCAAACGACGAAAAUCUAACCCCAAACCCCUUGUUCUGAGUGAAGCCAGAAAGCAGUUAAUGAUCUACAGACUACCUCAGGUCCUCCGGCUGCACCUUAAAAGAUUCAGGUGGUCUGGCCGUAAUCAUCGUGAGAAGAUUGGGGUCCAUGUCGUCUUUGACCAGGUAUUAACCAUGGAACCUUACUGCUGCAGGGACAUGCUCUCCUCUCUUGACAAAGAGACCUUUGCCUAUGAUCUCUCCGCAGUGGUCAUGCAUCACGGGAAAGGGUUUGGCUCAGGACACUACACAGCCUAUUGCUACAACACAGAGGGAGGUUUUUGGGUCCACUGCAAUGACUCAAAGCUGGAUGUAUGCAGUGUCGAGGACGUGUGCAAAACCCAGGCCUACAUCCUUUUUUACACUCGAAGAACAGUUCAGGGCAGCGCAAGACUCUCAGAAACCCAACUCCGAGCUCAGGUGCAGUCCAGCAGCAAGGACGAAGGCAGAACAUACGCACUCCCCUGACUGGGAGGCAUGCAUUAAAAUGUCCUUACCUUUUUCCUCAUGGGUAAUAAGGCUUGCACAGUAACAGAUCACUGGGCUUGCCUCUCUAGGCCUAAAGGAGAGAAUGCCAGGUGAUUCCUGCCCUGUCAAAAAAUUGGUAGUCACUUUCUUUUGAAAACAUUUGAAAAUUCCCUCCUUUCAUAAAACAAAUCUAAAGGAGUAACUUCUAUGAAGAUUCUUUUGUCAGUUGCUUCUGGAUAGUUGAGGGACCUGGAGGGGGGUAGGCAAGUGAUCACCCAGCCAGGAGAGCAGCCAUGCCUGUCUUCUCUCUGUCGUGAGCCCCCUACUCAUCAGGAUCUUUCUGCAGCACUGCAGAGCACAUGAGGAGGGGCCCAGGGCUGGCAGCUGGUGGGAAAGAUUGGUUCCAGAGUGGAAGGUAAAGUCACAGGAUUUAUCUCACAGAAGAGGUGACCAUCAAGGGAGUGAGGGGCAUGGAGCAGAUCUCCUGUGCCAAAUAGGAAGGCUUUUCAGAGCUGGGUUCCUCCUGAGCUGCUGUCAUCUCGCUCUACACGGACUGGGAGACAGGGCCUAGCAGUCCCUUCCCUUUGAAGAGGCAGUCAUAGGAGGCACAGACCAGCGCAUGGUCGGUCUGUGCAUGUUAAGCCAGACACUCCUGACUCCUCCAGUCCUGUAGCAGGACCCUGGCUCAGGUCUGGAACCAGCUCGUGGUUUGGGUCAGUGGUCAGAAGCCUUCUCAGAAUUCGGGAAGGCGAGUUGGGAUUGUCCCAGUGCCUGCUGCCCUAUGGUCUUACCUUGUGUGCUACGUAGCUUCUCUCCUGCACCUACAACAUUGGUGCUCACAAGAUUUGGAUCUUUCGCUUCCCUAGGAACUGACCGUGUGUCCAGCUCUUGGUUGUGGCCUUUCAUGUUCUCUUCCCACUCGCUACCCAUUCUCUCCAGCCCUCAGUCCAUGAAGUAGAGAGACUCCUGUCUUUUACUCUGCUAUUAGUAAAAACACAUCUUUAAAAUUUGCUCCAUUUCUAAAUGGAGUCAAAUGCCCAGGCAGAAGCACAGUAAACUCUCAUUCUCUCUGCAGUGACCUGUGCAAUGCCCACAGCCUCUCCUGUGAAUAAGUAGCUUGUGUUAAGUAGUACAGUUGUCACUUGAAGGGAGUUGAAGGGGGGGGCACAGAGACAGUGAGGCUGAAGGAGGCACUGUUGCGUUUCCCAGGCACACCCGUAGUAUUCACUGCUGCCCUCAGUGGAGAUGAACUCCCGUAGGCCUGCCAGACAUCACUGAGACAUGGAAGAAAUCAGACAGAAAACAGCUCCCUGACAGGGAUGAGUGGCUAGAUUUAAACUUGCCUUUUUACAACACUGUGAGAUUUCUGUAUCAGCUUUUAUUUGGAAGCGAUAAUGUAUGGCAUUUUUGUGCUGCUUGGUUUUUACUGUCUACUGCAGGCUUUUUUGUGAGCUUUGCACGGCCUCCUCCUCUCCAGGACACUGUUUUAAAGUGUCCCGGUUGUCCACACUGCCUGAGGUCCACAUUACCAAGGUACAUGAUAGUGAUUUGUUACCAUGGUAGCAAAGCCCAUUCAAAAACAAAGCUCGGUGUGCUGGUACACCCCUGGAAGGACGGCACUUGCUUGGGUGAGGCAGGAGGAUUAUGAGUUUGAGGCUACAUCGUGAGACCUUGUCUGAAAAAUGAAAAUAACAAACUAUUGGGAGUAAAAAAGGAAACAAGACUGGAUUGCACCUCAUCUUAAACCCUGUGUUGUUUAUUCUAGAAAGAGAACUUGCAGGCAAAGAAUACAGAUCUGACUGUUUAGAGGGGAAAACAUUAAUCAAUAUAAACACUUAAAGGAAAAUUAGAAGGUUCUAAUUCAAUUUUUUAAAAAAAAAAAGUUUUUUGUUUUUUUUUUUUUGUUGUUUUUUCGAGACAGGGUUUCUCUGUGGUUUUGGAGCCUGUCCUGGAACUAGCUCUUGUAGACCAGGCUGGUCUCGAACUCACAGAGAUCCGCCUGCCUCUGCCUCCCGAGUGCUGGGAUUAAAGGCGUGCGCCACCACCGCCCGGCCAAAAAAGAAGUUUUGUAUCAACUAUCAGCAAGACCAGUAAGCAGAAUGGGGACUUUAUAAAUGUUUAGCUGACCUGAACACCCACAUAUGAGAUUAAUGAGUUAAAAUGAGUUCUAACUAAAACUAGCUGUCUCCACUGAGCCACCCUCAUGAAGGUGCCACCGCAACCAGACAGCACUUCAGGCAGCAGGAGCAGUAGCAUGGAUCUCUGUUGUAGAAGCACUGUGCACUGUCUGGGCUGCUGUGCUGUGCUGUGCUCCCUCUGCUGCCUGCAGCGCCUAAGAGGGCUGUGUCAGUUGGCAUCACACUGAGACAUUCUGAAGAGAACAGAUAGAUCAUGACUCGCUGGCCCCAGGCCAAAUGCCAGGUGCUGCUUUGCCAGCAGCAGUCUCUCUCUGAACCCUUUGUAAUCGGCUGGUGUGUUUACUUACCACUGUAGCCAGCCAAGAUGAAUACACCCCAGCCCUCAAAAAUGAUUUCUUACCUCAGUCUAGCCUGGCCCUCAUGCUCGUGGUUGCCCCUAAGAGCAGCACCCAUGCUAGUGCAGAAGUAGCAGGGAUACCCGUGGCAGCCAGGAACUGCAGCUCUCAUCAAGCCGCAGGCAGAGCUCUUGCCAGCUUUACCAGCUUUAACCAGCCCCUCUGGCUGAAAUAGGAGGGCAGUGCCACAUGGUAAAGAAUUCUAGAUGUCUCUAAAAAUGCCAUGAAUAAAGCUGUAAACUGUAGAAGUGUUCGUGUGUCCUAUGGACUCGAUAGCAGAGUUUAUUUUUGUUCACGGUGGCAAGGCUUCUAGAGUCCAUGAUCGUGUGAGUCCCCUGCUCUGGUUAUGCCUUCAGCUCCAUCCACAUUCAGGGGACAAACCAAUGUGGUGGGCUGGCUGGCAGUGCUCCAGAGUGCUGAGAGGUCGACAGUAGUGCAGAAUGAAAACUUGGUGGCGGGGGUGGGGGGAAGCCAGGGAGAUCUGACAUUUGUUUUACUGAUAAAGCUUUGUGAACUAAUUUUAUACAAUUCAUAAAAUUUGGUGCCUUGUUCUUAAUUACAGUUUGCAUGAGAUUGAAAAGUUAAGGGGAAGGGUUCCUUUUUGUUAUGUCAAGUGGCAGGUGGAUCUGUAGUGUUUAAAGGGUAUGUGUUAUCAGAUUUUAUAGAACAUUCUUAUCUCCUGUGUAUGAAUGCAAAUUGUCCUUACCAGCAAGUUCUUGAGUUCCAGUGUCCAUAAUUGUAUUUAUAAUCAUCCAUCAGAUAGCUGUCUUUCAAGGCAGCCAACAUACACUACUGUUGUUCAUUGCCUCUUGUAUAUGCUGAACAUUAAUGCUGACCUUUUCUGGAAAGUGACCCUUUCCUGAAUGUGUACCACAUCCCUAUCUGGGGUUGCAGCUUAUGUGUGGAAGGGUUUCCAGCUAGUUGGGAGAGCCAAAUGAUCAGAAGUUAGGCAAUCAAUGGCAGUGGAAUCUUCAUCGAUUCUGGAGUCCUUCUGCACAAACCAUCAGGAAGCAGUGUAGGAAACAAUCCCCCCACAUGUGAACCUUUAGAUUGUAAAACAAACCAGUACACUGUGUAAUAUGCAGAGUGAGUGAUGCAAAAAUGAUGUCCCUGACAUCACCACUCAGGACUUCCUGGGCAGAUGCAGCUGGGAUGGUGCUAAGUGACUGGAAGGUUAGCAAGACUUGGGCUGUUCACAGCCUGUCUUUCACGCCAGCCCAAGGGUUUCCAACUGAGCUCUUGAGACUUCCCCAAAGGUGUUGACAGGUUCGCCAUUCAAAGCGCAUUUGGUAUUGGGUCUCUCAGCCCAGUUCCUAAUUGGGACUAAUUAGGUAAAGAGUGCAUCUUUGGGGUGAAAUUUUCCAGGGUCACUUGGUUUUUACCAGCUAAGAGUGGAUCUCUCGGGUGGUUCUCUUUUUGUCAGCGCUAAAGCGCCUUCUCAGAGUUGUGCACGUCAUCUCUUCCACAUUCCUGUCUGCUCUCAGUCCAGAAUUAUCCUUUAACCACUAUUUACUUGUCAACUCACACAUGGCUGUAACUACACGACAGCUUAGUAGCCAUGGGCAAGCGGUCACUUUUGUUAACUCUGUCCAUACUUAUGCUGGCAUGUUUCUUUUAAAAUACAACAGCUGCUGACGAAAUAGCUCACUGCUACGGCACUUAGCUAGCAUGCCUGAGACAAUGGGUUCCAGGUCACAUAAACCAGUUUAAACAAAAACUGCCAAACCAGCGUUAUGACUUCAAAAAGCAAGAGUAAAGUUACUUGAGAUUCUAUCUUAAAUUUGGAAUGAAAAAAAAACUAUAUUUUUAAAAGCUAUGUCUUAAUUCUAUCUCGAUUCUGAUUUUCAAAUUUUUAACUAACUAGACUACUCAGCUAUAGAAUCAUAUAGCACACUUUAAGGUUUUAUUCUUCAAAACAACAAAACCAGGCUGCUAUUUCCUAGCUUAGCUGCGGUCCUGUGGGGUUCUGCAUCUAUAAUACAGCUUACAAAGCUGCUUCCUAGUCACUUUAUGGGCCUUUGGAAGUAAUGGCUUCAAACCCAAGCCUUAUCCAUGUAUCAUAGUCAUGACCCUGCUCCCCUCCCCUUUUUUUUCCCAAGUCAUGGUCUCACUGUGUAGCCCUGGUUAGCCUGGAACUUUAGACGAGGCUGGCCUCAGAGAUCCACAUGCCUCUGGGAUUAAGUAUGUGCCAUGAAGCCCAGUCUCUUAAUAGUUUCUAAAACAGACUUCAGAGUAUCUGUGACUCAGAGUAAACUCUAGAUUCGUGUGAAGCCAAUUCUAGGCCUGAAUUUACUCACAGUUUCUGCUGGCCCGCAUCACAUCACACAGGUUCUUCAUUCACAAGAAAAUGGUAUCCCCAGCCCAUAUCAUACAUGGCGUAGUCAGUGCAGUGCUUACCUAGCAAGCCUGAGGCUCAGAGUUUGAUCCCAGCACCACGUAAAACCAGGCAUGGUAGAGCACACUUGGACUCCCACAGUUUCCCACAGUUGGUGGAGGCAACAAGAUAAGGAGUUCAGGGCCAUCUUCAACUGAGGCUAGCCUAGGCUGCAGAUAUCCUGCCUCCAGAAAAGAAAAAAGAAAAAAAAAAAAGGCUUUUUCCCCGCUUUCUUUCAGUGGGUGUUUGGAAGUCACAUCAUGAGUGUCUGGAAAGCAGCCAGCAGUAACUGUCAUCGUCAUGCAGCUGUGGCCCAGUUACACUGGCCCUUCUCAUUCGUGCCCUGUUAUCCAAGACCAGUUCCAAAAGGGCCUUUGCACAAAAAAAGCAGUAUUUUUUUUUUUUUUUUAAUGCCAGUAAAUUUGACUAAAUGAGACUCUGGAGAGCCUACUUCUAGCACCAGCUUGUCCCCCGGCCACAGGAGUCUGCACAGAACACAGCCAGGCACUAGCAUGAGUCGGGGUAGGUAGUUGCUUCCCACUAACAAGGUGACUCCACCCACACAUCAGUGCUCUCUUCUGCCACCAACUCUCUCUAUUCCAACAACAGUGCCUCCCUGGUGCCUGGAAAACCCAUCUGGUGAACUAAAAUGCCAAACAACAGCAAAUGGCUUCUUCCCCAGGAAUGCUCACCAGCAGUAACUGCUCGAGAGUCAGCUGCGCAGCUCAGCUUUAUCACUGUGCAGCAGGACGUUCCCUUUCAAUGUCUUUUUUUCUAUUCUCUUUUUUAAAUGAGACAAACAUCUCCAUUACAAUUCAUGUUUGGGGCUCAUUGCUGUCUCUUGAGUGUGAAA